AGGUCUGCCUCCGCUCGGAUCUCCCGUGGGUCUGCCUCCCCCCGUAGGUCUGCCUCGGGGCUCUCUCCUUCCCCAUCCGCUGCCCCAACGCUCUCGACGGUUCCGCCCACGCGCGCCCCCCUUCGCCUCCCCACGCCCCCCUCCUGCGCCUCCCCGUCGCCCCACCUCUCCCAUCCGCUACCGGCCUCACCGCUUGGAUCCCCCGCCGGCCGCUGCUCCUCCUCCUCCUGCGCCGCCGUCGCCUUCGCCUCCGUCCUCUCUGCGCCCGGCGGCCGGCGAGACUGGGACGCGGACUCCGCCGCGCAUCGGGGGUGCGGGCCGGUGCUCACGCCGCCACCACUGCCGCAUCCUCGCGUAAAGACUUCGACGGCGCGACUCGUGGCCGCCGGCUCCUCGCCCGGGCUCCUGCGGCCUCGCUCUUCCCUCCUCCUCUACAAGGCGGCGGCGCCCUGGGACGGGGGCGUCGUGCGCGUCUACAGCUCUGACGACUUCCCUGCUACGUGGCGCCUCCGCGUCUUCCUCCUCUACAAGGCGGCGCCGCCCCUCCACUUCACGCCUUCCAAGGUGACCCCGCUCGACCGCCCCCUGCUCGGCCGCUGACCCGGAGGUCUGCAAGACCCCGACCUCGCCGCCUGCUGUUCAACUUCUGCUGCCGGUUGCUAGCUCAGGAAAUCAUUCCAAGUGUUACCUAGGGGGAUAUGCAGAUUUAAAGAGAAUCAGAAGACUGAAGUUCUGGCUACUGGGCUGUGUACUUAUUAAGAGAUCGGAGCUCGUGCAGUGGCCUGUCGCUCUACCGUUCACCUCUGCAGCAGGCUUGCAGGAAUCCAAAGGGCUCCUUUGAUCAGCUCUGGUUUGGUGUUGGUGGUUUCUGCUUGUCGGAUCACUCCAAGAAUGGUGGCCUCUCGCGCGCCGACCACCACCCCCGCCGCCGCCGCGGACGGCGGUAUCGAGGAGAAUGCGAUGGCCAUCCUUGACUCCUCCGGCAUCAAGGACUCCCGCGACCUCCACGACGACCGAGCUGCCUUCUUGGAGGCCGUGCGCUCCGCCUGCCUCGCCGCCGACAAUCCCUCGGCCCCCUCGUGGAGAAUGUAUGAUGGUGUUUUCCAGGUUCUUCGGAACAGUCGCUCUCUGGAGCUUGCUGUAGCAAGUUUCCAUCUCUUAAUGGAUUUGGGUAAGCAAUACCCAAGAACAUAUUUGACAGAUUCUGAUGGGCACCAAUCACUAGUUGUAGUCAAAGAGUCCUGGUUACCAUUUCUCAUUGGCAAUGGUUCUCUUAGUAGUGAGAUCGGAGGAAAUGCGAGGAUCUCAGAUCACCUAUUUGAUCCUUCAAGAUUCUCUUUGCUGAUUGAGGCCAUGGUUGAACGAACUAAUCCCACGGAUGAUAAUAAUGGAAUUAAGGCUAUUGAGAAUAUGAUGCUGUUCCAGUAUCUUGUCAACACACUCGAAGCAGAUUUUGUACCUCGUCAUAUUGCAUACAAACAGUCACUAGACUGGGUUAUCUUCAGGGAAUCCCUGUUAAAUAUGCUUCUGGGAUCACGAAAGCUCGUGUUCAAAUCUUUUGUAAAGAACUGCAUGUAUCUUCUACUCAACCAGUUUCACCCUGAAGCUAAAGAUGCAGUUGAAGGCAGCAUACCUUCUGAAGGAGAAGCUAAAUCAGCAUCUGAUAUGCAUUCUUCCCUAAAUUAUUUCUUGUUGGAGUCAGAAAGGACUCUUGUAUCCCUCCGGAAAUUAUUUGUGAUGGUCAUGGAACUUGACUUGAUCAGGAAAGAAGUCGACACGUUGGGGCUGACUUCAAGAGCUGACGGGUUCAGAAACCCUAUCACGGAAGUUAUUUUGGAGGAGCUAACUUAUAACAUCAGUUACUUAUCCCCAUUUCUCUUGGCCUUCAUGGAACGCAAGUGGAAAUUGAAUAUUAUUCUACAGUACUUUUCAAAAUACUGUGCCAAGGGCGCAGUUCGUACUCGAAGGUCGGAUAGUUCACAACAAGAUUUGAAAUUGGGAAGUGUCCUGAGUUUCUUUUUGACAACCACAAGCGCAAAAGCUAUUGUCAAAAAGAUGGGUACAGAAGUUGCACAGCUUCUUUUAGCGCAUGCCUACCAGGUUUGCCUGUCUGUUCAAAGUGACUCUAGUGAUUCUACUGCUACAACUGAAAAGAUUGGAGCAAGUCUCCAAGAGAUAUCUUGUAACUUCAUAUAUGCUUUUCAAAAUCUCAGAAAAGUUGGCCUGAAUAUCCAGAUCUCGCCAUUUGAGAAAGAAGCUCUGUUUACUGCUGCAACUUUGUCUAGGAAAUUGAAGAAUGAAGAAAGAUAGACUCUGGGUGUCAAGGCGUGGUACGUAGGGGUGGUAAAGGACCCAAAAUUUUGAACUAGAAAAUAUAAGGGUCGGGUCUUAAAAGGGCUGGGCUCUAAUUUUAUACAAUUUUGAGCUAAAAAAUUUAAGAGUUUUGAUGGGCUGUGAAGAGGCCACUAGGGUCAUGACCUAUUACCACCCCUAGUGGUACGUAGGAAUCUAGGAUCAGAUGGUGUGACUCUGGCUAGCGUGACUCUGGCUAGCGGUAUAAUCCGAAAAGCCUAUUUUGGCCUCUCUAUGGUAUGAUUAUGUCUCCCUGUACAUAUGUGAUAUGGCUUUAUCUAUGCCCUCCUAGACUCCUAGUAGUGUGUAACGCAAAGCUGAAGAUACAAAACUUAUGAAUCUAUUCUACAUACUCCUUCCAUCCUGAAAUGUAUGUCAUUCUAUGGUUUAAAAUUUGUCCUCAAAUGUA